CCGGGUUCCAAAUUGGAAUGCGGCCCCAACGAGAGUGAACUGAGACUGUUAGAAGUGAGAGAGCUAGCGCGUUACUACCGGAGCAGCAAUCUAGCUCAACUCCUCCUUCAUAUCGCCAGUGACGUCCACGCUAAUUCGUAUUGUUGUUUUUUUUUUUUUUUACACCCCACUCCUAUCCCUACAGAUCCGUAACUUUGCUGGAUGCUCUUGCUACAGGAUCAUGUUGGGGCAACAUCAGCAGCAGUAUUAUUACUCUCCCGGGGGUGCUGGGGUACUGGCGGCAGAUGAGAACCAGCUGGUGAGUUAUGUGGAGGAUUACUUGGAGUGCGCGGAGUCACUGCCGCUGGAAAUACAGAGAACUGUCACCCUGCUGCGGGAGAUUGAUACGAAGUAUGGAGAGGCACUAAAAGAAAUUGAUGAAGUUUUUGAGAAACAUACAGAGGAAACUGAUCCUAACCAGAAGAAGCGGCUACUACAACAACUUCAGAGAGCCCUCAUUGUUACCCAGGAGCUUGGUGAUGAUAAAAUUCAGCUUGUUACCCAGGUGUUUGAACUGGUUGAAAAUAGGACCAAACAAUUAGAAACUCACAGCAAGGGUAUCUUUGAUACAGAGGAUUGUGAAAAGUCUUCAGAAAAACCUAAAGGUGAAUCCAAUCCAUCUGAAAGGUCUACUAGGAGACCUCGUAGACAACGAAACAGCGAGAGUCGGGACUUGUGCCAUAUGGUCAAUGGAAUAGAUGAUGGUGAGGACCAGCCUCCUAAGGAAAAGAAGACCAAAUCGUCCAAAAAGAAGAAACGAUCAAAAGUCAAACAAGAAAGGGAGAUCUCUCCUAUUCCUUUUGCAAUUGAUCCCAAUGAGCCCACAUACUGCUUGUGCAAUCAAGUAUCUUAUGGGGAAAUGAUAGGGUGUGAUAAUGAGGAGUGUUCCAUUGAGUGGUUUCAUUUCUCAUGUGUUGGACUCACCUAUAAACCAAAAGGGAAAUGGUAUUGCCCUGACUGUAGAGGAGACAAUGAAAAAACAAUGAACAGGAGUACAGACAAAACAAAAAGAGACAAAAGGUCGAGGUAGUCCAGAGAUGUAAUAUCCCUUUUUUUUUUUUUUUUUUUUUUUUUUAAAUAAAGGUUUUGUUUUGUAUGUAAAAAAUGUUUUAGGGGAAAUGCAAUAAUUUUUAAUAGAGUAUUAAAAGUUGUUUUGUUUUUUUGUGAAUUUUUUUUGUGGACUUUCUAUAUGUAAAUAUUUUUAUUUUUUUAAUAUUUUUCAUUGCAAAAGGCACUGAUUGCAAGUAAAAUGUGUAUAUAAUUGUGGAUAUUUCACCCCUCAACUAUUAGACUUUUGUUGUUUUCUUUUAAAACAAGCAGGGAUGGGAAUAAAUCAGUUUGAUUAAAACAUGGAGUAGUACUGGUUCCAAAUUUAUCAUUUUAAUUUUUUUUUUUAAAUCUAAUGUGCUAGUCCUACACUCCCUCAAGAGGACAAAAGCAAAUUCUGUAACCUGCAACUGCUGUGUAAGUCAAAUAGCUGGUAUAAGCAAUUUGCAGCAUUUGAAAACCUAGGCUACAUAUUUUAAAUGUUGCCAUUUUCAUAAUGAGUGUGGGAUAAAGCAUAUUUUUUUACAUGGGGGGGGAUGUUUAAAAAAUGAAUACAGUCAAACGUUUAAAAGGGCUAUCUAUGUUAGUCUUUGGCAUGUAAGUGAAGUAAUAUUUAAAGGAAUAUAUUCAUAAGUGCCAAUUUUUUACAUAAAACUGGCUUCAUAGAAAGGCAGAGGUUGUAAUUUCUCUGAGAAAUAAAUUGUGCCCUACAAAUCUAGAACAUAUGUGAUUACAACUAAUUUUAGAUGGUUUCAUUGCAGACACUCUAAAUGUUAAAUGUGUACUUAAGAUUUAUUGGGAAAAGUGUAAAUUAGCAAAUUAAUUUUAUAUCUAUUUUUGUGUCUCUAAAAUAUAUUGAUUAGUAAAUUAUAUCCCUGCAUCACA